CACGUGGGUGGUGCCCAAGGGCGAGCUCCUGGCUUCCCGUACACCGGCUGCUACCCAGCCCUGACUCAGACCGUGGCUUCCUGCGGCCGGCGAUGGAGUUUUCGGAGGAGCCCACGGGCGCCUUGAAGCCCUGCCUUGUGCGGCGCAACCGGAGCCGGAAGCAUCACGGCGCGGCGGCCUCCAGCCUGGAGGAGCUGAAGAGCAAGGCUUGUGACAUCCUGGCCAUUGACAAGUCGUUACUGCCAAUCACUCUGGUCCUGGCGGAGGAUGGCACCAUUGUGGAUGACGAAGAUUACUUCCUGUGUUUACCUGACAACACCAAGUUCGUAGCACUCACUCACAAUGAGACGUGGAAAUACAGUGAUACAGAUGGGGGCACAGCAUGGGUCUCUCAGGAAUCCUUCGAUGGAAAAGAUGAAAUAGACAGCAGCAGUGAGGGAUGCAGGUGGAAGAACCUGGCCAGACAGCUCAAAGGAGAUCUGUCCAGCAUCAUCCUCCUGUCAGAAGAAGAUCUUCAGGUGCUUAUUGAUGUUCCCAGCUCAGACUUGGCCCAGGAGCUCUCCCAGAGCCCUUCGAGAACCCGAGACCUCCAGAACACACUCCAGCAGGUGCUAGACCACAGAGAAGAAGCCCGUCAGUCCCGGCAGCUGCUGCAGCUCUAUCUCCAGGCCCUGGAGAAGGAGGGUGGCAUCCUGUCAAAGCAGGCGGAGCCUGAGACUGCUUUGGAUAAAGGGAUGGACGAAAUGGACACAGGGGUUGCUGGCUACGUCACACUCUCCGGUCAUGUCCUAAUGGUGCUGAAGGAAAAGUCCUCCCCAGAGCUGAGCUUGUCCAGCCAGGAUUUAGAGUUGGUGACCAAGGAGCACCCGGAGGCUCUGGCCCGAGCGUUAAGCUGGGACCCUGAGACGGCUGAAGCGGUCCAGAGAGCCUGUCAGCAGCAGCUCACCCUGCGUCUGCAGCAGGUCCAGAGCCUCACCGCACUCCGCGGUAUCUCAGCCAGGAAGAAUUCUCUGACCGAAGAGCCCGUGAGCCUUAAGCGGGCCAAGUGAGCCCCACUUCCCCGCCUCACGUCCUGGCCAGCAGUUGCUGCAAGUCUGGAUCUUCCUCGAGGACGUCAGCAGGAACUCGGACUCUGGCUGCUCUCCCUGUCCAGCCCUCCACCCCCUGUCUUAGGGCCUCUCGAUGAUGGGGGGCAGGGAGCUGGGCAGAUGGGCCAAGAAGCUCAGACCCCAUUGGGAAAAGCCAUCAUGGGAAUAACAUCCUGAGCAACAGAGGCUCUGGUCCUUUUUAGAAUCUUUGGGCUACAGAGACCAGAACAUUACCAUGCAAACUGUAACUGUGGGCUCCUGCCUUGUUCAGAAAGAAUUCUAGAAGAGGGGGCUAUUUCUCAGUCUCCAUCAAUGCCCUCCCCCUGUGGCCAUCACAGAAAAGCCUGAUGGGGGAUGGCAUGUAGAACAUGCUCAGUUGGGAAGGUUGGGGAGGGGAGGCUUUUCUUUUUCAAAGUAACAGGUUUUCAGGGGGCAGCUAGGUGGCACAGUGGAUAGAGC